GCUCCCAAACCGCCCAAGUCAAAGCUGCCUACCCGGUAGCCGAGGGAAACGGACAGCUGCGCGCUCACCUAGGAAGUAGCCUACCCUAUACCAGACCACCCGCGCAGGUCAACCUCCAAGCCGACAUCCAAAUCGACAAAGAUGAACUGGCCUACCCUAUACUCAUCCCCCCACAGGCAAAUACGCAUGAGCCGACAUCCAAGUCGACCAAGUUCAACCAGCCUACCCUACACCCCUCGAGGCACGCAGCAGCACAAGACCGGGCUCCUGAUCGCUCGACACGCAAACGAUUUUCACCAAGUCAAACCUGCUUACCCUGCACCCGCCGCCCGGAGACGACACAUCAAAAACCCAAAGGCCCACAACCCCUACAACUCCCUGAAUUGCUCAGAGAAAUCAUUGGGGAAAUCGAGGCGAAGGACGGCUUACCCUCAGCAGAUCGUAACAACAAGGCUACUCUACUGCUUACAGGACCGUUUCGCACAGCUAAGUCGUCUGCAAAGGAUUUGACCCCGCUCGUGUUAAAAUUACAAUACGCGAAAUACCACGACACGCUUCGAGCGCCGUGGAAGAAUCGCCUGCUAAGACGCUAA